AUGGUUUUUAUAUUGGCUGUUAGACCUAGGCUACUUUACAUAGCCAACAGGCAAAUACAAAGUAACAAGCGAUUAAUAUCAUCUAGUACACAAAAACUACUUCAAUCAUCUAACACAUUAUCAAAUGCAUCGAAAGUAAACAGACAAGUGACAGAGAAGACAAAUAAGUUCUUUAAGAAGAGACACGUCGCAUUGGUAUCGGGAAUCAUAAUUAUUGGAUCGUAUAUUUCGUUCAAUCAGUCAAAUUAUUAUAACUUGGAUACUGUUCCACCGAUUGGUGGGGGAGGUAGAUCCGGGAUCAGUCCUAAGCUUUUUCCGCCAUCAAAUACCACGGUGAUCGGGGAUGACUCGAGAUACUUUUCUACGUCUACUAAUUCAAUGCACCAAAAAAAUAGCAUUGGGAACCAACAGCAGAAACAAGGGGUGUUUUUGUUGAAUGACGAACAAGUGAGUGAAAGGUUGAGACAAUUUGAAGAAAGUUAUUCGGUCAACAGAGGUAAGGGUGUCACAAGAUACGAUAUCUGUCAAUUGCCAUCCAACUCUCCUAUCGAGGAUGAUAGAGCGGAGGAGAUUGUGCAAGUGCCUAUUUUGCAGGAUAACAACAUCAAGACGUCCACUGACUGGAUGUUUUUUGGUGUCUUUGAUGGACAUGGUGGCUGGACUACUAGUAGUAAAUUAAGAGACCAAUUGAUUAGCUACAUUGUACAUGAGUUGGGAACGAUUUUCAAGCCAACAAAUGAAGAUAACUUGAGAUACGUUCCAAACGGUGCUACCAUCGACCAGGCAAUCAAGAAUGGGUUUUUGAAGUUGGACCAUGAAGUUGUCAAUAAGAACAUGGAAAAAUUGUUAAAUGAUAAUAAUAAGGCCAAAGCGGCAGAAUUAUUGAUGCCAGCGUUGUCAGGCUCGUGUGCAUUGUUAUCAUUCUACGAUACCAAUUCCAAAUUAUUGAAGGUGGCGGUUACAGGUGAUUCUAGAGCAUUACUUGGGUCCUUCAAAGAUAACCAUUGGACAGUCAGACAAUUGAGUAUUGACCAAACAGGAUCAAACCCAACAGAAGUCGCUCGUAUCAUUAGUGAACAUCCUGAUGAGCCGAACGUGGUAAGAAACGGAAGAGUUUUGGGCACAUUAGAACCUACAAGAGCUUUCGGUGACUGCCGUUACAAAUUACCAGCAUCGAUUCAAGAAAGAAUUUACAAGCAGUUUUUUGGUAGAAGACUUCCAAACAAUUUAAAGUCACCCCCUUAUGUUACCGCUGAGCCUGUUAUUACGACCACUAAGAUCAACCCGGAAAACAAUGAUUUCUUGGUAAUGGCAUCCGACGGUUUGUACGAAAUGCUCUCUAACGAAGAAAUUAUUGGCCUUGUGGUGAAGUGGAUGGAAAAAGAAAGAAUGGUCAAACCUCAAAAGUCAUUCUGGAAUUACUUUGGAUCCACUGAGAAUAAAUUACCAGAGAUAUCUGAUAUCACUAACGAUAAGUCUUCAAAGCAACCAUUUAGAAAGAAUAAGCAAUCCAGCGGAUAUGGCGGUUUCUUGUUAGACGAUAGAAAUGUCUCAACUCAUUUGAUCAGAAAUGCUUUGUCUAAUGGUGGUUCAAGAGAACAAACAUCUAUGUUAAUAUCUAUUCCCAACCCUGUUUCAAGACGUUAUAGAGAUGAUUUAACUGUCACUGUCGUCUUUUUUGGCAAGGAUCUCAGAGGUGAAAAUGAAGCUGGAAAAUUAGAAAUAAAUGCUGAUGCUACCGCAGGUGGUAUUGAUUCAGCUAAACCUAAAUUAUAA